UGUGUGAGAGAUGAGAAGGAGAGAUUGAAGAGAGAGAGAGAGAGUGAUGUGUGUGUGAGAGGAAGUCUCAAACCAGCUUCACGCCCUCCCCCGCGAUGUCGCAAUCGCAGCUGACGAGCGGCAUGGAGUCCAACAACGGCCUACCGGCCAAGUUCCCAGAGCUGAAGAAUGACGCGUUCCUGAAGGCGGCGCGCGGGGAGCAGACGGACUUCGUGCCCGUGUGGUGCAUGCGGCAAGCGGGGAGGUACCUUCCAGAAUUCCGCGAGACGCGGGCCGGGCAAGACUUCUUCGAGACGUGCCAGAACCCGGAGCUCUGCUGCAAGCUGACGCUGCAGCCGAUCCAGAGAUUUGCGCUCGACGCCGCCAUCAUCUUCUCCGACAUCCUGGUGGUGCCGCAGGCGAUGGGCAUGGAGGUGGUGAUGACCCCGGGGAAGGGCCCCACCUUCCCGCAGCCGCUGGCCGACCCCGCCGACUUGUCGCGUCUCCGCGAGCGCGUGGACGUGCACCGGCACCUGGGCUACGUGUUCCGCGCCAUCACGCUCACGCGCCACCGCCUGGAGGGCCGCGUGCCCCUCAUCGGCUUCUCCGGGGCCCCCUGGACGCUGAUGACGUACAUGAUCGAGGGCGGAGGCUCCCCCACGCAGUCGCGAGCCAAGCGGUGGCUCUACCAGCACCCGGAGGCGAGCCACCGCCUCCUCUCCUCGCUCACCGGCGUCAUCGUCGAUUACCUGGUGGGCCAGGUGGCCGCCGGGGCACAGGCUCUGCAGGUGUUUGAGUCUCACGCCGGCUGCCUGGGCCCGACUCAGUUCUCCGAGUUUGCGCUGCCGUACCUGCGGGAGAUCGCCACGCGCGUCAAGCAAGGCCUGCGUGAUGCGGGCCUCGAGCUCGUCCCCAUGAUCGUGUUUGCGAAGGACGGUCACUUCGCUCUCAAGGAUCUCGCCAACUCCGGCUACGAGGUGGUCGGCCUGGACUGGACCAUCAGCCCCAAGCUGGCACGGCAGCAGACGGGAGACGAGGUGACGUUGCAGGGAAAUUUGGAUCCCUGCGCACUCUACUCGCCCAAGGAGCGGCUGUGCGAGCUGGCGGGGGAGAUGGUGCGGGCGUUUGGAACGCGUCGCUACAUCGCCAACCUGGGCCACGGCAUCUACCCGGACAUGGAGCCCGAGCACCUGGGCGCCUUCGUGGACGCCGUUCACCGGCACUCGCGCAGCAUCAACGCCGCGUGAACGCGCCGCCCUCCCACGCGUGAACACGCCCGCCCGCCCAGCCACCCAUCCACUCGGCCAUCCGCCUGCCCAGCAGUGGUGGCGUGCCAAACACACCACCCUCCCCCUGCCCCCGCCCUUGACCCCCGCACCCCCCCCUGACCCCCGCACCCCCCCCUGACCCCCACCCCCCCCCCCCCCUAGACCCACGCCCCCCCCCGCUUGACUCCUCCCUCUUGAUCCCCCCCUGCACCCGACCAAUAUUAUCCAUUGUAGAGGUUUUUUUUUGUUGGGUUAGAUCACG